AUGCGGCUGAGGCGGCUCCUGCUGCGCUACUACCCGCCGGGAAUUAUCCUGGAAUAUGUACAAAGUGGUGAGCUAAAGACCAGAUCCAUAGAUCUACUCGAUCUUAGACCUGACACAGAUAUUAUGGUGUUAGCAGAAGAAAUUCAGAAAGAAGAACCUCUCAUCACAGCUUCGUGCAAGGAGCAGGUCAUACAUUUAUUACGAAGACUGCAGGAAAAGCUUGGGGAGGAAGAUGAUCGCAAAUUCUAUCUUUUUAAGGUACUUAGGGCACAUGUAUUACCACUGACUAAUGUCGCAUUUAACAAAUCCGGCUCCCGCUUUAUAACUGGAAGCUAUGACAGAACCUGCAAAGUGUGGGAUACUACAUCAGGAGAAGAAUUACGUACGCUGGAGGGACAUAAAAAUGUUGUCUAUGCAAUAGCUUUCAACAAUCCCUAUGGUGACAAGAUUGCCACUGGAUCUUUUGAUAAAACCUGCAAAUUGUGGAGUACAGAAACAGGAAAAUGUUAUUAUACUUUUAGAGGACAUACUGCAGAAAUAGUAUGUUUAUCCUUUAAUCUUCAAAGCACCUUAGUGGCAACUGGAAGCAUGGAUACUACAGCCAAGCUAUGGGAUAUAGAGAAAGGAGAGGAAACAGUCACGCUAAGGGGGCACUCGGCAGAAAUUAUUGCAUUGUCUUUUAACACCACAGGAGACAGGAUUAUCACUGGUUCCUUUGACCAUACGGUGGCAGUAUGGGACGUUGGCACUGGCAGGAAGUUACAUACUUUAAUAGGUCACCGGGGAGAGAUUAGCAGUGCCCAGUUCAACUGGGACUGCUCUCUCAUCGCUACGGGCUCGAUGGACAAAACGUGCAUGCUGUGGAAUGCUAAGACUGGGACACAUGUAGCAACCUUAAUAGGUCACACUGAUGAAAUACUGGAUGUCUGUUUUGAUUAUGCUGGCCAGCGUAUUGCAACCGCCUCUGCUGAUGGGUCAGGAAGAGUUUAUAAUGCAGAAACAAAAAAGUGCAUUACAAAGAUAGAAGGACAUGGAGGAGAAAUUUCAAAGAUAUGUUUCAACCCUAAAGGUAACCGUAUACUAACAGCCAGCUCUGAUAAGACUGUUCGACUCUGGGAUGCUGCUACAGGAAAGUGCAUUCAGAUAUUAGAGGGUCACAACGAUGAAAUAUUCUCCUGUGCCUUCAAUUACAAAGGCAAUAUAAUCAUUACAGGGAGCAAGGAUAACACCUGCAGAAUUUGGCGCUGACUGAAGACAAGGAAGGAGACCGUUUGGUACGUGCCUUGGCCAACAUCAUGAAUUUCAUAGUUAAUAAAUAUUAAUUUUUUUCAGAUCUGUUUUCUUUUACCCUCUUUGUUAGGCUUCAGCCUUGCUGAAGUAGACACGUUACUGGUAUUUUCAUAGGUUUGAGUUCACUGACGUCUGCUAGAUGUAGAAUCAUGGAAUCAUGUGUUUGUUUAGGUUGGAAGGGACCUGUGGAGAUAAUCAGCUCCAACACCUGCUACUCAAAGCUGAGUCAACUAGGCCAGGUUGCCCA